UUGUGAGGCGUAAAUGACUUCACACACUGAAGGCUUAACACAGUGACUGGCAUAUCUAGGGAUGCUGGAUACAUACCAGCUGUGAGGCUUAUCACCACUGUUCCUGGCAUGGCCCUGCAAGCUCAUAGUCUGCUGAAAAGAAACUAGCACUUGCAAACAUUCCAUCUGGCAGUCUGAGAGAAGCUACUGAGAGAAUCCUUGGGAGACAUCCCCAGCUACCUACCACUGCUCCGGUUCCAAGCAAAGAAGAUCUGCUUACUCCGGAAAAAGAAAAUGAGUGAGACUCAAAAUUCAACAAGCCAGAAAGCAAUGGAUGAGGAUAACAAAGCUGUAAGCCAAACAAUGCCGAACACACAAGACAAGACGAACACACAAGACCACGAAGAUGAAUUGACUCGAGUAGCUCUAGCUCUGGUUGAGGAUGUCAUCAAUUAUGCUGUGAAGUUUCUGGAAGAUGAGCAAAACCCUAUGAAAAAUAUCAAGUGGAUGACUCACGGUGAAUUCACUGUGGAAGAGGGUCGUAAACAAAUUGACGAAUAUCUUUCGACGUGUAUUUAUAAAAAACGCUGGGCACACACCACAGUGUUUGUAGAGAGGAAAGACUUAAUUCACAGCUUCCUUUACGUCUACUAUGUACAUUGGAGUGCCUCAAGUGCUGGCAUACCCGUAGCACAAAUCUCUUCUGGUACCUACUUCAAGCUGAAGGUCUCCAAAACCAAACCUCCGGAUGCACCCAUUGGUGUUUUUUUUGUAGGUGAAGAGCAAGAAUUAGUUCACAGACCAGGAAUGGUUUGCUUUCGAGAACACUGGCAGAAGAACCUUACUGAUGCCAAAUAUGAUUUCAUGGCGGCAUUCCCCUCCAUAUUUGAUCGUGUCUGAUUCUUACAGAAUGUCUUAGGAUUGUUUUUCUAAUCAGGUUAUAUUAAGAAGACAAUACAGCACAUCAAACCACAUAAUAUUUAUUAAUAAACUUGUGGCAUACAAUCCAGCUGUAUUUUUUUGCAUUCAUUUUCCAUUCUGCAACCUCCAUCACAUCAGCAGUAAGCUGUUUUCUAAAAUACUUUUUCCCAUCACUGUAUGCAUCACUUCUGAGACUUACAGGUAUACAGCUGCGUUUAGAGAGUUGCUAAAAUUCACCUAUCAGACCAAACUAAGACCGGUACUUGGCUGUUUCCCAUCUGAGCCUAAGUCUCCAGCUCAGACACAUCUCUUAUGGGCACAACUGGGAACAACAAAAUGGCAACAGUUCUACAGCUCAUAAUAUAACCAGUCUGAAGGGUUCCCCUACUCACAGACCCCUUCGUUUACUGUGAGUUAAGCCUCACUGCUAAAUAAUGUAUUUUGAAACUGGAAAACCAGGCAUGCUGCCUUCCAUAAUACACCACUAUACUCAUGAUGGCAGGAGGGUGGCUUGAGGACUAGGGGCAAUGACACGGAAUGGAUUCAAUCAUCGCCCUUACUUAUCUCUGAUCGUCUUCCCAUCCUCACACCAAAUAGUCACUUGUUCCCACCUUCCCUAUAAACCUCUCUUGCCUGGCUGCAAAAUUUUAAGACACCAAAGACAAAAUUACAUUAUGCUCUGAGUGAUGACUUACAAGUACAUCAGAAUAUUUAUUUACAUAGAAAAGCACUGGAAAGGAGGAACACAAAAUAUGAAAGACAACUGACACAGUACUGAAAUUUUUCUUUUCUUUACUGCUAUAUUUGUACAAUAAAUAAAAAAGGAGGGAAAACCCUAUCAGAGCAAUGGGCAAGGAGGUGGUAAACUAGGUAAGUCUCCUUGGAGAACAAAAAAUAUAUUUAAAAUACAAUAGCCCUACAACUGACUUAUGGCUCAGGUGACUAAACACAAUUUGAAGCAGUAACAACACUCAUGAGCUGAAAAUAAAAUACAUUUAGCCCUUUUAUUCUUCCUGCUUCUUUCCCAAAGAAUAUGCCAUUGAAGCUGUUCUUGAUAUCACAAUAUUCAAACAUCACAAAAUUUCUGCAUUUAAACUACCUUGCCUACUGAAAAUGAGAGAACAUAAUCAUUCCAUCUCUAGGAAUGUAACCAAGAAAAAAACAAAGAGAAUAGGUUUUUUUUUUUUUUUUUU